GCACUGUCGUACAGCUUCUUGCCAGAGUGUCGUAAAACAGCAGGCAGCGCAGAAUACGGCAGCGUGGUUGUCCUUCAGUCUCAGCGGCAGGAUCAGCGCAGACAUGGUGAAGCUCAGUAAAGAGAGUAAACAGCGGCUGCAGCAGCUCUUCCAGUGCGGACAGUUCGUCAUCCGCUGGGGCUUCAUCCCCACGGUGCUGUACCUGGGGUUCAAGCGGGGAGCAGAUCCUGGAAUGCCAGAACCCACAGUUCUGAGUUUGCUUUGGGGCUGAAGAGGAAGAAUGAAACAUCCUGAAAAAGACCAACCAAACCCAACCCAUCCCAUCCAAUCCCAUCACCCCGUUUCCUCAGAAAGGUCUGGUUUCUGGAGCGCUAGAGGACACGGAGAGAGAUCACCACCGAGGAAACGAAACUUCACCUUCAUUCACUCACAGACUUUCUUCAGCAGCAAUCGCACCUCCUACACUCUACGUCUCUACGUCCCCUUAUGAAGAAUACUGUCUGAGUUUUAUUUUAUGUGAUGUGUGGGUGUAUGUUUGUAAAUGUGUAAGUUUUCACCGUCAUUGAGCUGUUUGUUUUUUUCACAAACAUUAGAAAUAAAAAUGAAGGGGGGGGAAAACCCAUAAAAGCC